UGAACAUAAUCUGUGAAUACAUCAUUUGUUCACCUCAAAAUGUCCUCCCAGCCCCAGCCUGCCUUCACGCCAAAGAUUGAUUUAUCUCAGAAGCUUUCACAACUCCGAACCGCCAAUAGAACAAAACCCAACGCGAGCUCGCGAGAAGCUGCUCCUAUCACCCCGCCACUUCCCACCCCGCCAGACCUAUCCUCUCACAGCUACACCCGCCCAGUCCGUCGCAUUCUCUCUAGAAAAGACCAUGAAACAUUUCUCUCGUCGCCAACAUACACCCUCGUCCUCUCCUUUAUCUUUAAUCUCUCCGACUCAGUGCGGGGCCGCGCAGCCCCAGACCCAAAAAACGAUGCCAACCCUUCUUCCCCCAGCAUCUCCAAGAUCCUCGCGAUAGUCGAGAAUAUACGUUCGCUUGUUGAUAAGCACCCCUCCAUCGACCAAGGUGGCUCUCGCUUCGGUAACCCUGCAUUCCGUGACUUCUUCGACGACGUCGCCACCCAGAGUACAGCAUGGCAUCGCGACAUCCUGGGAACCAACAACCCGGCCGCCGUCGCCGAGAUAUCCUCCUAUUUAAUUCACUCACUAGGCUCACGAGACCGCCUGGAUUACGGCUCCGGCCACGAACUGAAUUUCAUGAUGUGGCUGCUCUGUCUGCGCCAGCUGCAGCUGUUCUCGACGACGGACUUGGAGGCGGUUGUGUUCCGCAUCUACGUGCAGUAUAUGCAUCUCAUGCGCGACGUCCAAGCCACGUAUUAUCUGGAGCCCGCUGGUUCACACGGGGUUUGGGGGUUGGACGAUUACCAUUUCCUGCCGUUUUUGUUUGGGGCUGCGCAACUUGUGGGGCAUCCGUAUAUUACGCCGUUGACGAUCCAUAAUACCGCAAUAUUGGAUGAAGAGGGGGAUAGGUAUCUGUACCUGGACCAGGUGCGGUGGGUGGACAGCGUGAAGACGGUCAAGGGUAUACGCUGGCAUAGUCCCAUGCUGGACGAUAUCUCUGGGGCAAAGAACUGGCUGAAGAUUGAGAGCGGGAUGAAGAAAAUGUUUGUCAAGGAGGUUUUGGGGAAGCUGCCAAUCAUGCAGCACUUUCUAUUCGGAAGUUUGCUGCCAGCUGCACCUGGGAUGGGUGAUCUGGCUGAUGAUGGGGAUGCGGAAGAUGGACAUACCCAUGAGCAUAGUGAUGGCCACGCGCAUGACCAUAGUCAGCAUGCCGACUACUUUGGGGAUUGCUGCGGGAUCAAGGUGCCGAGCACUGUAGCUGCUGGAGCAGAGAUGCGCAAACGUAUGGGGAACUCAGGUCUCCGUCCGAUUCCUUUUGAUUAGUGUAUCUUACUGCAAACAAUCGAUGCUACGACUGCUGGCCGAGCGUAGCUUUUGAAUAUCCUCAAUAUCAUGUAAUACUCAACACGUCAUAGCGAUCAGCUUCGUGUGACCAGCUUAUUUUCUUAU